AUGUCUUCAAGUGAAGACCCUCAGGACUGGACGGUCGAUCAGCUUGUCACGUUUCUCUGCCGUGACGAACCAGGACAAUGGUCCUGUAAUUUGCCUUGCCCAGAUCUUAUGGCCCUGGAAAGCUCCCUUCGGGAAAACAUGGUCUCAGGGCCAGCUUUUCUUCGUUUCGAUGACCAUUAUGUGAAAGAGUUGGGAAUCAAAGCCAUUGCUCAUCGCCAAUAUCUCAUGCAAGCCAUAGAAUGGCUACGGCGAUCGUCGCCGAAGUUCCAGGCGCAACAGCAAAAGGGACAGCAGGGUCCCAAAGCACUUUCCAGCGAAGAUGAACUUUCAUCAGAACUCCUUCUCGACAUCAUUGAUCGUAACACCUCUCUUGACAAUCCUCUCAAACCCACUACUCCUAACGAUGCCACCAAUCCCAACCUUCUUCAUAACGCCCUUUCACCGGCCCAAACAGAGGGAAAGAAACCUCGCCGGAUGGAGACCACAAUCACCCAACGACCUCCCCUAUCUUCUCUCCUGGAGCCACCUUCAACUCAUCAAAAACCUGCUCCUAAUCCCACCUUUGGCAACGAAGCUUUUUUUGACCAUCUCAUGGAAACCUAUCCCCCAAACGAUGCGGAUGUUCUCUCACUUCUCGGAGAAUCCAGCUCCGAGGGUGAAUACGAUACAGAAACUCGUGAGGAAAUGGAAGAAGAUGAGAGGCAAUUCCGCCUGGACACUUCCCCGGAUACGUCGGGGACCCUGGGAGAUGCUGAAUUCAAUGAAAUCGUCGAUGAAUACAUUAAUUCGCGAAAAAGCCAGUUCGUCGAAAUUCGAUUGCCGAAAGAGCAACCUAAUGGGUUUCAAAUUUGGGCCAGAGGCCAAAAGUUUCCAAGCAUGAAAAGCCAAAUUUCGACACGGCUCGUCCACCUGGAGAAACGGUUUCAAGCCCUCCGCAAAGCACUCGCCGAGGCACAACACUCCUCGCGUUCGUCCUUACUUCAAGCAUGUGCAUGCUUAGACCCCACUGUCAUUGAUAUUUGCUUGGAUCGAUGGAGGCUUUCCGUUCUUGAGAAAGCUAGCCCACCGGCAAAAAUUGCUCGUCCUCCACGCAACCCACGACCAAAAAAGCCCAAUGUGAAUUCAGACGGCGAAGAGACUCUGAGUUCGGAUUCAGAUUGCAUUCAUGACACCGAAGACGAGAAUAUGAGUUCAGAUUUGGAUUCUGUGCGUGACACGGGAGAAAUGGAGGAUAACGAAUCACUGAAAACAUCUGAAGACGACUUUGAAGAGGGCGAGAUUGCGCAGGACGAGAAGAAGCCACACCCUCGCGCAGCGUAUCGCAGUGGACCUUUCCAUGACUACUCUUCAGACGAGGACCUCAGCCAUCUUUUCUACAAAGAAGAAAAUUACGAGCCCCCAGCCGCUAAGAGGCGCCGCUUGGAGAAAGAUAGCGUCCACCAAGAUAGUCCUACUUCGCCGCUGAUGACAAUGACAAUUCUGCCGUUUGACCGGGACGUGGCGCUGCCCGCGAAUGAGCGUGAAGCAGACAGCCAUAUGGAGACAAAGACCCAUCUUAUCGACCCAAUGCGCCCUAAGAUACACGAGUCUGUGGACUCGGCGAGUGAUGACGGCAGUGAAACUGAUGUGCAUGUUUUUGACGAUGUCUCUUCCAUGACGUGGGAUACUAUUGAAGAGGGUGGAAAUCGAAUUUAUGUGAUAGCGAAAGCCCUCACAGGUUUGCCGAACAGUCGGAUCAACCAACUUUCGAAAUUUCUCGGAACUUACAUGCUCCCUGUUUAUCAAGAACUAACGCGAGAGGGGCUGAAAAAUAUGUCUGAUGAUUCAUCGGUGAUGGAGGGCAGGGACCCCGAGGAGAGUCAUUCCAUAAUGCUAAUGACUACCUUGUUUGUGUCAUGGGCCAAUGUCAUCCGAGUCCCUUCUGGUGGAUUUGAACCAAAACAAGUCAAGGUUACACUCUCGGCAGUCCAUGAAGACAAUGAUGAAGAUGGCUUCCCUUUUUUCCUGGAUUGCUUGAAUGACCUUGUGAAGGAAUACGAGGAAUCGUCGAUUUCACCGUCGCGUAUCCAAUCUGACAAAACAAACAUACGUAUUCGACGCCAGCGCCGCCGGCGGAAAAGGGCAGUUGCGAGAAUGACGAUGAACCCGGCUCAAAAGGAAGGCCAGGAACGACAAAAAAAACAGGCAUUACUUGAGUCUCGCCUUGGCCAAGGACAUGUUCAUAAGGAAAUUACGGCGGUGCCGGUUUCUUUCCAGGAGCCCAUAAUCUACCUGGACUCACACAUUGCACAACAUGUCAAACCCCACCAGAUCUCUGGCAUACAGUUCAUGUUCCGAGAAAUUGUCGAGAACAAGAGAGAGGAAGGGUGUUUGCUUGCCCACACCAUGGGGUUGGGAAAGUCGAUGCAAGUGAUAUCCCUUCUCACUACAAUUUCCGCUGCUGCGGCAUCACAAGACCCGACUGUUCGGAACCAGAUUCCGGACCAAUUCCGAAAAUCCAAAACUCUGCUGCUGUGCCCAGCAGCGCUGAUUCAAAAUUGGUGCAAUGAGUUUGCGAUGUGGUCUCCCGAAAACAACAAACUCGGCCAGAUCCGCCCCGUAUUGGCAAAACACUCGGGCUCUCGCCGAAAUAAAGAGAUUGGUGCAUGGAAUGAUGCGGGUGGUGUACUGAUCAUCAGCUACCAAAUCUUCCGCAAACUUGUUCAGAACAACACGGAACAAAAUGAGGACCAGGAACAACAAUCGAUCAAUGAGAAUAUCAAGUUUUGGUUGCUGAACAGCCCAAAUAUUGUUGUGGCCGACGAAGCCCAGAAUUUACGCAACCAAAAGAGUCGAAUUGCUGAAGCAACAUCCCGUUUUCGCACCAGGAAAAGGAUUGCCCUUUCAGGAACUCCGUUAUCCAAUGGUGUGGAAGAUUACUAUUGGUUGGUUGAGUGGGUAGCGCACCACUACCUGGGUCCCUUUGCUGAUUUCAAUGAUCUAUUCAUAAAACCGAUCGAAAAUGGCUCGCAUAUUGAAAGCACCAGAGCGGAACAAAGAGAGGCACUCCAGCGCCAGGCGCUGUUUCUCAGAAUCAUCGAGCCGAAGGUGCAGCGAGUGGACAUGUCCACUUUGACAGACGAAUUGCCACCGAAACACGAAUUCUGUAUUUACUUAGAGUUGACAGAGCUCCAAAAAGGCGUGUACAACCUUUUUGUUGAUGACUUGAGACUUGGAAAGGUCCAGUCUGUGAGCACGAAACUCCUGUCAUUCCUGAAUCUCCUGCAGCUGUGUUGUAUUCACCCCGCCCUGUUUAAGACACAGCUGGAAAGCCGAGAUGUCAAGCGCGCUCGGGACAAUCAAACAUGCCUUAGCAGUGAUGAAAUCGGUACGUCUCUUGGUGUCGGCAUCCCCGCCCAAGAGAAUGCUCUUUCAGGUUUGAUGUCAUGUGAACUGGAGAGUCUGCUGAACCGGGUCCCAGACUUGCUGAAUCCCAGCCUGUCCAGUCGAGUGACCAUACUCAAUGAGAUUGUGAACCAGGCAAUUGCACUCGGUGACAAAGUCCUGGUGUUUUCGUCCAGCAUUCUAGCAUUGAAUUACCUGGCGGAGUUUAUGGACAAGACGCAGAGGAAUUAUUGCCUCAUUGACGGCAAUGUGGGCCCGGCCAGGCGUCCUGAGCGAAUUCGGAUUUUCGACAACGACCCCACAACCCAUGUGUGUUUUGUUUCAACUCACGCUGGUGGUAUCGGCUUUAACAUUCAGACAGCGAAUAGGAUCGUGAUAUUUGACUUCCUGUUCAAUCCCACAUGGGAGGAGCAAGCAGUCGGGCGUGCAUAUCGCAUUGGGCAGAAAAAGCCCGUUUAUGUGUAUCGCAUGAUCGCCGGUGGUACCUUCGAAGAGAAGCUUUACCGCAUGAACGUGUUUAAAAACCAGCUUGCUUACCGUAUGGUCGACAAGAAGAACCCUGUGCGUAUGGGGUCCAAAUCACAGGACCCCUACCUUGCGCAUUGCACAGCUAGUUCUGAGAAACGCAGCAUUGAGAAGUCGGUCCUUGAGGCUGACGCUGGAAUGAUAAACGGGAUUCUGUCGUCUGAGUGCGCUGCGUCGAUAAUAACGAUCAAGCUCUCAGGCCCGCACGUGGACCCUGGCGACAUAUUGACAACUGUCGAACGGCAGACUGUCGAGGAUGAGCUGCGCGUACAACGCUUGCGUCUGGAUUCUCGCUGA